AUGUCCCACCUCCUGCAUGUGGAGAUCCCCAACUUCGGCAGCUCCCUGCUGGAAAGUCUAAAUGAGCAGCGCAUGCAGGACCACUACUGUGAUGUGGCCGUCAUGGUCAACGACCAGAACUUUAAGGCCCACCGCGCUGUGCUGGCCACCAGUAGCCUCUACUUUAGAGACCUGUUCAGCGGCAGCUCCCAGAACAUGUUUGAACUACCCUCCUUGGUCACCCCAACCUGCUUCCAGCAGAUCCUCUCCUUCUGCUACACGGGCAAGCUGACCAUGGCCGCCAGCGAGCAGCUCGUGCUCAUGUACAUGUCUGGCUACCUUCAGAUCCAGAACAUUGUGGAGCACGGUAUGGAUCUCAUGCUAAAGGCCAACUCUCCACACUGCGAUUCCCAGACGGCCACCACCGAGGAUCUGGGCUUCGAACCGUUGAGCCCCAACAUCAACCAUCCGGACCUGUUGCCAUUGUACCCUCUGGCCUCUGGGGAGCACUCUAGCCCAAGGCCCUCCAACCUCCCAGCCACUAACAGCCCCACUUCCCAUCCCAACGAGGAGGAGUUUGAAGAGGAGUUAUGCGGCAGCAGAAAUACAAACGGGGCCUACGGACAGAUCUAUGGGCACCCCACCAACUCAUACAGCAUGCAGGAUAAGUUGGAUGUGUUCUCCCUACUUCUGGCCACUCAGAGGCGGCCCUUUGUUCUGAUCGGCAGGGACAAGAUGGCGCUGCCAGCCAAUCUCCUCAGCCAGAUUGGCUACCACUGUCACCCCACACUGUACAUGGAGGGAGAUCCCGGAGAGAAGCUUGCCUCAAGGACUCAAGUAAAGAUCUAA